CUUCUUUACCUUCUUGUCCCUUUCUUGAUGCCCUUGCUGGAUGGGGGAGAUAUAUGAAAGCAGAGUUGAUCGAACCGAGGAGAUGAGCAAAUGAUUUGAUUCUGGUAAAUGUUCGCAUUAUACACGGAUUGUGGCAGCACCUGCUUACGUGGGAGAACUUGUCCUAUUUGUGUUUGUUUUUUUGCCUUCACAUACUUUGUUCGUUUGUAUGUAUCUAUUCCGGCUCUUCAAUUUUUUGAUCAUGUAACAGUGCUGGGAGUGGUAUACUCUUUACGUAGUUCAGGGUUAAUUGAAACAUAGAGUUUUAGCUUUUAAAUCGAUAAGAAAGAAUAUUUCCAAG